CACCAAACGGUCAACUGCACCAACAGGUCAACUGCACCAACAGGUCAACUGCACCAAACGGUCAACUGCACCAAACGGUCAACUGCACCAAACGGCCAUCUGUGCUGACAGGUCUGCGCGAUUUGCCAACUGCACGUUAGCCGCCACACCAACUCGCCAACAGGUCCACUGCGCCAACAGGUUAAUUGCACCAUCUAGCCCAGUCAGCCUUGGUAGCUGAACCGAUGGAGACACAAACGCCCAAAAAGCUAGUUCCACCUGAGAUAUGCUCUCGUCGCAAGAAGAUCCUACCCAGCGCUCGAUAUGUUGCGACGCAUCGUGACACCGUCUUCCAGGAUGUCUCCUUUGAGGACAGGGUUUUCAUAUCGCAUUUUUUUACGGUGUACGCAUUGAGGGCAUGGAACUAUACGGAAGUUCCGAAAGCAACGAAGGAGGAUGUAAAAUUCAAGGAAAAAUGCAAAGAUGGAGAAUACCAUCUCAAGAAAUUCGAUUUCUUUGAUGACUGGCAAAAACUCUGCCAGGUUCUCACUGGGCCAGAGAAAGAAUUGGUAACAGUUGAGGGAGCUCUCCAUUUCGCAACCAAGAGCAUUUCUACGGUUUCGAGUGAAGAAUGGAUCAGGCCACUAUUGAAGAAGUUAUGGGCACAAUGUUCUGCUGAGAUUGUCAUAGAGCAUGCCGUUGACGGAGACCCAUCAUUGCCCAUUCUCAACCGUAACAUCACCCAGCUGGAGCAGGUCGACGCAGAUUAUCCUCAGUUGCAUAAUGUUGGUCUUCAAUUUGCCAUGCCCAACUCAGACCUGGGUAACAAUGGCACUAAAAAGCGCAAGCUGACGUCGAAUUUGCCAUUACCGGAGUCUGGGUCUAUGCAACUGUCAACGAUUCACAACUUUUACCAGCCUCCUUCAAUCCGGGAUCUGUUAGGCUCAGAGGGCCGUCGUCCUGUGCUGAGUGGGGCUAGUAGGGACCGGCUAGACUUCCUAGGAAGUAAGAUGUCGAAAAAUAUCAAAGAGGGCCAACUAGGACAACAGGAAGAUCGGCAAAACCUUAGCGCCUUGAGGCAUGGUGAAUUCAUUCCCAUCACUCGUGCUGUCAGUCUACAUCUUCCCCCCAAAAUUGGGCACGAUAUGAUGUUGGAAUUUGUUGUCGCUUCAGACUAUGGCAGAUUGUUAACGGAAGCCAAAUUGAAUCCUCACACAUUGACAGAGGAGUUAGGCAGCCCGAUAUCUGACUGGAUACUGGAGAGUACAUUUGGGAAGCAGGCAGGGAUACAAAAUGCUGUUGACGUCGAGCCUCUCGUUACUGGUGACUUUAGGGUCAACGUUGCGCUGAGUAGUGGAAGGCUCAGUGAGCUAUUGUAUUUAUAUCCGAAUCCGGACCCCGUGGCUCCGAACGGAGGAUCCUAGGGUUGUGGCGGACCCCGGUAUACUAAUUUGAAAUCUGUCUUCAUGACAGCAACGCUUGUGCCUUUGGUAAGGACUUCAUCCGUUGUGCCGACCUUCGUUUGCUUGAGUGAUCCAUUUAAGAUAAUCCAUUCCCCGCCAUCCUUCCAAGACAUCAGUCGAUCCUGGUCACAUGCAUCAAAAACUUUAUAUUCGAAGAACUGAUAAUCCAAGUUCUGUGUUUCCUCUCCGUCGUGCAUCUAGAUUCUUGAUGUAGUCUGGGCUGGAGCGACAAAUUUGGGUCCAGUUAUGGGAUCCGUGUGUAAGUUGGAUGAGGAGGCGCUGAUGAUGCUGAUGUUGGUGCAGCAAAUCUGUUCUUAAAAUGUCUCACGAUUGCCUGAUAUUCUUGAUGCCUGAUGGGGUCAUGGAUUAUGUAAGUAGUCUCAUCCCAAAAUACUAGCC